AUGCUUUCAAAUCUUGCAAAUAAUCGCAAAUUUCAGGUAGAAGAAGAGGAAUAUCUGAUCCAAGAACUGAAGAAAAUUGAGCUGAGGAAAAAAGAACGAGAGAAGAAGACGCAGGACCUGCAGAAAUUGAUCACAGCGGCUGACAGUAACAGCGAGAGCAGGAAGGGUGACAGGAAAGCCAUUAAGAAGAAGCUACCUAUUACACAGAAGUUCAGAGAACCCUCAAAGACAACCCCUGACACUACUGGAAUAAAGUUCCCCGAUCCCAAGCAGUCUGGUGUGUCCUUGAGGAGUCACAGGAUGAAGCUGCCAGCAUCUGUGGGCCAGAAGAAGACUAAGGCCAUUGAGCAGGUUCUGGAAGAGUUGGGUAUAGAGUAUAAUCCCAUGCCUACAGAGGAGAUUGUGACAAAUUUCAAUGAGCUGCGCCAGGACAUAGUCCUGUUGUACGAGUUGAAGCUGGCGUUGGCUAACUGUGAAUAUGAACUGCAGACAUUGAAGCACAGACACGAUACAUUGGCACCCGGCAAGAUGCCAGACAUAACAAUCAAGACAGAGCCUGAAGAGACAAUAAAUGUGACCCCUAUGACCCCUGACCCUGCAACAGGGGAUUCCCCAUCCAAGGUCAAGAAGCUUUCUGAGGCUAUAGAUGUGGUGGGCUCACCAGGAACACCCAACAGAAAACGAAAGGCUGCCAUAGAACAGAGUAACAUCAUGAAGAAAAUCAAGCAGAAAGUUUAGUGUUGCUCAGAGAUGUUGCUGAUGUACAGACAGUGUAGUGUGGCUCAGAGACA